AUGUGCAAAUGGACGGCGGCCGUUGCUGCUCACUGCGCCGACCUCAGCUCUAUCGGCUCAGACCGUAUCAGGCUACCUCUUCUCCCCGGUGCUCUCCCUGUGCGCCUUGCAUGCGUCUCCUUACUCUUCUUUCUGGCCAGUGGAGCUCUUGCAGGAUGCCCGGCAGGACUGGGUCAUGACCCUCUGCACAUGCUGGCGAGGAGCACAAACUGCUCAUGGACUCUGGAACGCCACACACGCAGUUACAACCACCUGGAGGGUGACGUGCGGCUACGACGCCUGUAUUCCGCCAACAAGUUCUUCCUCUGCAUCGACAAGACAGGCAAGGUGGACGGCACACGGCGCAAAAACUAUCCUGACAGUCUGAUGGAAAUUCGAUCUGUUAGUGUGGGAGUUGUCGCCAUCAAAUCUGUCAGCACCGGCCUGUACUUAGCAAUGUCCAAAAAAGGCACACUGUUUGGAUCGGUAAGAUAUAGCCCAAGCUGCAAGUUUAAGGAGCGCAUUGAGGAGAACGGCUACAACACAUACGCGUCCUUGCGCUGGAAGCAUGGCGGGAGACAGAUGUUUGUGUCACUGAAUGGUCGAGGGAAACCGCGGAGGGGCCAUAAAGCUAGACGGCGACACCCUUCCACUCACUUCCUCCCAAUGCUCCCAACAUAACUGCAAUCUCUAAUUAGCUUAUUAUUAUUAUUAUUAUUAUUAUUAUUAUUAUUAUUAUUAUUAUUAUUAUUAAUGUCAUACACAUAUAUAGCUAUAAAUGUAUGCUUGCAAAGGAUACUUUCUACAUCUUUUUUUUGCAUUGUCACAUAGUAUAUUAACUUAUUCUUCCAUCCCUGUUAGCUUAAAGCCUAAUAAAGCUGUUGUAAGGUGUUUAAUAUUAUACAUAAGCAAUUACUUGCCAUAUUUACAGUAUGUUCUUGCUGGAGACACUAAGCAUUUACAACAUCUCUAACCAGCUGUUGUAAAAUACAUUAUAAUUUUUACGUCACGGCAAUAGACUAGUAGUUAACAUUUUAGAAACAAAACAUCCUCAAACACGGUUUUCUUAGAUAUAAUGGAAAGAUACUUGCGUUGUAACAUUUGUGUCUUCAGUUUUGACAAAACACGUUUUCCACGUCCCUAAAAAAAAAAAAAAAAAAAAAAAAAAAAAAGAUUUUGUGUUCACUCAGAUGUGUAUUUUUAUGUCAGGUAUAUAAAUACAAGUCCAAGUGCUUCUAACAUCUUUGCUGCAAUCAAACUACACUUAGAUUACGUAGAACCCUAAAGGGUUAUCAAGUUUGUGCCUUUGAGAGAACCCUUACAGUUAUAUGUAACUAAACAGUUAUAUGUAGAACCCUAAAACUGAGGAUUUCCAUUUCAGCUGACAAAAGUAUUUGAAAAUGAAUUUGGAUAUUUGAAUUAUCACAUUAAAUAAAAUUCCACAUUUUUCUGCUGUGUAUUUAAUAUAAUUAAAUUUUUGCCAAUGUUAUUUUUCUUUGUUUUGAACUUGUUAGGGGUAGGAUUUUCAAUUAAAAACCAUAUAAUUCAAAAUUACUUGUUAUGGUUUUGAGAUUUUUUAUUAUUAUUAUUAUUUUUUUUUUUUUUGUAAAAUGGGCCAAAUGUUAAGCAUACUGGAUUCCAAGGCAGUGGUCAAGCCAGUCACGCUUGCACCAUGACCAAGCACCUCAAAAAUGCUCUAUGUUCCACAGACGUAGCUAAAUUCCUGUUAAGCAGCUCGCUUUGCCAGCAAGCUAACAUUACUAGGCAGAUCAUUAGCUACAACAGGGGCAUUACCUGGGCUGUUAAUCAUCCAGGGCUGAGCCUAGAUUCUUCUCCAUCAAAAAAACAUUUAAAAAUGUACUUCUAAAUAGUCUGUUUCCAUGCAUUUUUUCUUGCAUGUGAAGGCUAACUGCUUAAAAAAUGUGAAAUUAUCAUAAAACUUGCCUCAGCUGUUAUCACUGUUUGCAAGACUACCAGACCGAUAAAAUAUAAAACUUUUUACCUGUCUAACAUGAGCUAUGAUUGCAUGGGUUUUGCUGCUACAGUGCCAUGCAAAGUGCAUUAGCUGUCCUUAUGCUCUGCCCAUAUCAUGUUCACGUAAACUGGAACUCAUAUAGACAUUUACAAGCCUUGUUAUCCUGCUCAGAAUCUGAGGAUAUAAGUAUUUCAGUUUGGUAGACAAAAUACAACACACUGUUCAGUGAAGAUACAAAGUUACAACACUGCCAUCUUCUUUUACUGAUGUUCAGUUACAUUGUGACAAACCACUCCAAGUGGAGAAUCAUUCGUGGCUAAAGAACAGCCUUGAAUGCCCAGGCCAGGUUAUGCCCAAGACUACAUAGCUAAACUGGGUAUUGAGUGUUUAACAUCACUGUAGAAAGAACUAGCUAUUUUAGUAGAACAUAAAGCUUUUUCAUUCGUUUAAUGACUGAUCUACUUUUCUCUGGAUGAUUCACAUUUGGCCUAAUUUAUAUAAACUUUUUACUUAAUAACUUUAUUUAUAUAAAUUUUAUAUAAACUUUUUAAUUUUUGAGAUUUGCAUCAAGGUUUUGAUUUUUUUUUUUAUCUGAAAAAGGUAAACCUGCAGUUUCAUAUGAUGUGUUUUUAAAGGAAAAUCUUACUCAAGAUCAAAAAAACAAAAAACACAUUUAGUAAAUUUCCUAAAUCCUAAAAUUUUUUCAUGUUUAAUAUAAUGUGUUUAUAUUUCAAAUCUACAAAAUUCAUCUUCAAAUACUUCAGUCAGCUUCCAAGCUACAUAUUUACAAGAAUCAUUUUAGAGUGCUAGAAUUGUUAACCAUCCAAAAAGCCCUAGAGGAACCCUUUUUUUUUUUUUUUUUUUUUUUUUUUUUUAAAUACUGUAGAGUUAUAUCAGAACUAACCACAAAACACUAGAUCAGGAGUUAAUAACUCUGUAAUGUCAAAUUUUCUCUUCUGUAACACACCUCAAUCAGCUGAUCUGGACUGAUAAUGAGAUAAUGAGCUGGAACAGGUGUUUUAGGAGCAGGAAAAACACUAAUUAGUACUGUAUUAUAUUCACUGUCAACUUUUCUCAAAGGACUCUUGCUGGAAUGAUGGAGGUCAGACACAAACACUGCUUCAAACCUCCACACACAAUUGAUCAUCCAUUAGAACAAUGGACUGGAUUGACAGCUUGUAUACUGGACUAUUUCUCUAUAUAACACUUUGUAUUAUUUGUGUUUAAAUCACACUAACAUUUCCCCCACAACCUGUUGCAAAUGCUGCAUUUCAUAUGUUUCAACCUUACACAUUAUUGAGUUUAGAGGUGGUGUUCCUGUCAAUCGUUUUUUUCUUUCCAAACUGUUGGCCUGGUACAUGAAUUACUGACUUUAUGCCGUAAACCACAAUGUGCUGAUCUGACAGCUAAUGUUGAACAUCAUAUGACUGGCAGAGAGAGGAAAUCUAAAGCCACUGGCUGAAUUCUAGCUGUUCUAAUAAAGUAUUUAUAUGCUGGAGUGCAAACAGAACCCUGCUCACAGCUGUUAUGUUACCUGGCCUCUACAGGCUUUAGAG